GCGGGGGCGGAAGAGGCAAGCGCUACGGGUACGUAGGAGCACAAACGCGUCACGGUGCCGCGCCGCGGCGUGGCUGUAGAGGGACGUCCUGCCCGCCGCCCCUCUUCCUCUCCCAACAUCUCCCUCUCUGCUCGCCGUCGUCCCCGUCGAGCUCACUGUGUCUGCUGUGUCACGGCCGCCGUCUGAUUCGCUGAUCGUGCUGUGAUCCGCAUCGCCUCGAGCGCACUGCAGCACCCGACAUUACGCCCGCACGCGACGCCUGCACCUGAGGCUGCCUGCCACACCGCUCUACUUAACCCCUUGCCGAACGCCACGCCCCGCACGCCAGCCUCGCUGCAACCAUGAUGGGACUCUUCAACCAGGCCACGCAGAAGGCGCACAGACCACGCGGGUCCUCCGACGACAAGGGUAGUCCUGAAGCUGAUGCUACCGAUUCCGAUGAUGUCUCUGUACUGGAUGAGGAGGAGGGCUCUAUCAUUAAGAGCAUGAUCUCACAGCUGAGAGUAGGAAUGGAUUUGUCGAAAGUCACCUUCCCAACAUUCGUCCUCGAACCGCGGAGCAUGCUUGAGCGUAUCACAGACUUUAUGUCGCAUCCAGAUCUUGUCUUCGGCGCUGAGCAAGAAGACAACCCCGAGGAGCGUUUCAUCCGCGUCCUCCAAUACUACCUCGCCGGCUGGCACAUCAAGCCGAAGGGCGUAAAGAAACCGUACAACCCCGUGCUGGGCGAGUUCUUCCGUUGUCGGUACGACUACCCCGACGGCUCGCAGGGGUUCUACAUCGCCGAACAAGUCUCGCACCACCCGCCCGUGUCCGCGUUCUACUAUGUCACGCCCGCGAACAAGGUCGCCAUCGUCGGCGAGCUGCGGCCCAAGAGCAAGUUCCUCGGGAACAGCGUCUCGACGCAGAUGGACGGCGAGAACCGCGUCUACCUCAUGGGCCGGCCGGACGACGGGCCAUACGUGAUCUCGAUGCCGAACAUGUACGCGCGCGGGAUCCUGUGGGGCAAGAUGGUGCUCGAGCUCGGCGACACGUGCACGGCGCGCAACGACCGCAACGGGUACACGGCCGAGAUCCAGUUCAAGACGAAGGGCUACUUCUCCGGCACGUACAACGCCAUCCAGGGCCGGAUACGCGCGGGCGGCCAGGAGACGGGCGAGGUCACGGGCAAGUGGAGCGAGGUCAUGGAGUACCAGAGCAAGAAGAAACGCGUCCUGUUUGAUGUCCAGAAGGAUGGCGACAAGGUCGCGCCGAAGUGGGUCGCGCCCGAGGACGAGCAGGAGCCCAAUGAAUCUCGGCGGUGCGUCGCGCACACGCGAACCUGCUCCCACUGAUAUUUAUGCGUGUCUGCCGGUAGCCUAUGGCGAGACCUGACCGAGGCGAUCCUCGCCAAGGACAUGAACGCUGCGACCGAGGCCAAGACGGCGGUAGAGGAGUCCCAGCGGGAGCUACGCCGGAGACGGGAAGAGAGCGGCCAGCAGUUCGUCCCGCGGUUCUUUACGCAAGAUAAAGAUGGGCGGUGGGUGCCCAAGCUCAACCUGCCUGAGGACCCGCAAGAAGCUGUAGAAGCGGUCAAGGCGUGGAUCUGGGCCGCGCCUCCUGGCUCACAGUAAACACAUAGACAUCUCUUGUAGGGGCAGCAGGAGAAACGU